GGGAGGGAGCGAAGGAGGUAGAGAAGAUCGGAGGAGAGGGGAGGGAGCGCAGCUUGGUUGCUCCGUAGUACGGCGGCUCGCGAGGGAGAAUCCCGAGCGGGCUCCGGGACGUACGGAGAGGCGGGCGGGCGGGGAUGGUGUGCAGGGCUGUGGCUCCUGCGUUCCCUCCCGCUGCGAGUGAGCUGUACUGAUUUGUCCCUGGGGCGGCAGCGUGGACCCGCCUGGAGAUGAGGCGUCGAUUAGCAAGGUGAAAGUAACAGAACCAUGGCUCAGUUUCCAACACCUUUUGGUGGUAGCCUGGAUAUUUGGGCCAUAACUGUAGAGGAAAGAGCAAAGCAUGAUCAACAGUUCCAUAGUUUAAAGCCAAUAUCUGGAUUUAUUACUGGUGAUCAAGCUAGAAACUUUUUUUUUCAAUCUGGGUUACCUCAACCUGUUUUAGCACAGAUAUGGGCACUCGCUGAUAUGAAUAAUGAUGGAAGAAUGGAUCCAGUGGAGUUUUCCAUAGCUAUGAAACUCAUCAAACUGAAGCUACAAGGCUAUCAGCUCCCCGCUGCGCUUCCCCCUGUCAUGAAACAGCAACCACUUGCUAUUUCUAGUGCACCAGUCUUUGGUAUGGGAGGUAUCGCCAGCAUGCCACCGCUGACCGCUGUUGCUCCAGUGCCAAUGGGUUCCAUUCCCGUUGUCGGAAUGUCUCCCCCGCUAGUAUCCUCUGUUCCUGCAGCAGGAGUGCCUCCUCUGGCUAACGGGACGCCCCCUGUCAUACAGCCUCUGCCUGCAUUCGCUCAUCCUGCAGCCACAUUGCCAAAGAGUUCUUCCUUUAGUAGAUCUGGUCCAGGGUCACAGUUAAACACUGAAUUACAGAAGGCACAAUCAUUUGACGUGGCUAGUGUUCCUCCCGCAGCUGAAUGGGCUGUUCCUCAGCCGUCCAGACUGAAAUACAGACAGUUAUUCAACCGUCAUGACAAAACCAUGAGUGGACACUUAACAGGUCCCCAAGCAAGAACUAUUCUUAUGCAAUCAAGUUUACCACAGGCUCAGCUGGCUUCAAUAUGGAAUCUUUCUGACAUUGAUCAAGAUGGAAAACUCACAGCAGAAGAAUUUAUCCUGGCUAUGCACCUAAUUGAUGUAGCUAUGUCUGGCCAACCACUGCCACCGGUCCUGCCCCCAGAAUACAUUCCACCUUCCUUUAGAAGAGUUCGAUCUGGCAGUGGUAUAUCUGUCAUAAGCUCAACUUUGGUAGAUCAGAGGUUACCAGAGGAACCAGUUUUAGAAGAUGAACAGCAACAACUAGAAAAGAAAUUACCUGUAACCUUUGAAGAUAAGAAGCGUGAGAACUUUGAACGUGGCAAUCUGGAGCUGGAGAAACGGAGGCAAGCGCUCUUGGAACAGCAGCGCAAAGAACAAGAGCGCCUGGCCCAGCUGGAGAGGGCGGAGCAGGAGAGGAAGGAGCGGGAGCGCCAGGAGCAGGAGCGCAAGAGGCAACUGGAGCUGGAGAAGCAGCUGGAGAAGCAGCGGGAGCUAGAACGCCAGAGGGAGGAGGAGCGGAGGAAGGAGAUCGAGAGGCGAGAGGCUGCAAAACGGGAGCUUGAAAGGCAACGACAGCUUGAAUGGGAACGGAAUCGAAGACAAGAACUAUUAAAUCAAAGAAACAAAGAACAAGAGGACAUAGUUGUGCUGAAAGCAAAGAAAAAGACUUUGGAAUUUGAAUUAGAAGCUCUAAAUGAUAAGAAGCAUCAACUAGAAGGAAAACUUCAAGAUAUCAGAUGUCGAUUGACAACCCAAAGGCAAGAAAUUGAGAGCACAAACAAAUCUAGAGAGUUGAGAAUUGCUGAAAUCACCCACCUACAACAACAAUUACAGGAGUCUCAGCAAAUGCUUGGAAGACUUAUUCCAGAAAAACAGAUACUCAAUGACCAAUUAAAACAAGUUCAGCAGAAUAGUUUGCACAGAGAUUCACUUCUUACACUCAAAAGAGCCUUAGAAGCAAAAGAACUAGCUCGGCAGCAGCUACGAGACCAACUGGAUGAAGUGGAGAAAGAAACUAGAUCAAAACUACAGGAGAUUGAUAUUUUCAAUAAUCAGCUGAAGGAACUAAGAGAAAUACAUAAUAAGCAGCAGCUACAGAAACAGAAGUCCAUAGAGGCUGAACGACUGAAACAGAAAGAACAAGAGCGAAAGAUCAUAGAAUUAGAAAAACAAAAAGGAGAAGCCCAAAGACGAGCUCAGGAAAGGGGCCAGCAGUGGCUGGAGCACGUGCAACAAGAAGAUGAGCAUCAGCGGCCAAGAAAACCCCACGAGGAGGAAAAACUCAAAAGGGAAGAGAGUGUCAAAAAGAAGGACAGUGAGGAAAAGGGCAAACAGGAAAUGCAAGACAAGCUGAGUCGGCUUUUCCUUCAACAACAAGAGCCAGCUAAGCCAGCUGUCCAAGCACCCUGGUCCACCGCAGAAAAAGGCCCACUUAGCAUUUCUGCACAGGAGAAUGUAAAAGUGGUGUACUACCGAGCACUCUAUCCCUUUGAGUCCAGAAGUCAUGAUGAAAUCACGAUCCAGCCAGGAGAUAUAGUCAUGGUGGAUGAAAGCCAAACUGGAGAACCGGGUUGGCUUGGAGGAGAAUUAAAAGGAAAGACAGGAUGGUUCCCUGCAAACUACGCAGAGAAAAUCCCAGAAAACGAGGUUCCUGCCCCAGUCAAACCAGUGACUGAUGCUGCCUCCACCCCUGCACCCAAACUGGCUGUACGUGAGACCCCUACUCCUUCCGCGGUGACCUCUGCAGAGCCCUCCACGACCCCCAACAACUGGGCCGACUUCAGCUCCACGUGGCCCACCAGCACGAAUGAGAAACCAGAAACCGACAAUUGGGAUGCGUGGGCAGCCCAGCCCUCCCUCACCGUUCCGAGCACCGGGCAGUUGAGACAGAGAUCAGCCUUCACUCCAGCCACAGCCACGGGCUCCUCUCCAUCUCCUGUUUUAGGCCAGGGCGAAAAGGUGGAGGGGCUACAGGCACAAGCCCUGUAUCCUUGGAGAGCCAAAAAAGACAACCAUUUAAAUUUUAACAAAAAUGAUGUCAUCACCGUCCUGGAGCAGCAAGACAUGCGGUGGUUUGAAGAAGUUCAAGGCCAGAAGGGUUGGUUCCCCAAGUCCUACGUGAAGCUCAUUUCAGGGCCCAUAAGGAAAUCUACGAGCAUGGAUUCUGGUUCUUCAGAAAGUCCUGCUAGUCUAAAGAGAGUAGCUUCCCCAGCAGCCAAGCCGGCCGUGUCAGGAGAAGAAUUUAUUGCCAUGUACACUUACGAGAGUUCUGAGCAAGGCGAUUUAACCUUUCAGCAAGGGGAUGUGAUUUUGGUUACCAAGAAAGAUGGUGACUGGUGGACGGGAACAGUGGGCGACAAGUCCGGAGUCUUCCCUUCUAACUAUGUGAGGCUUAAAGAUUCAGAGGGCUCUGGAACUGCUGGGAAAACAGGGAUUUUAGGAAAAAAACCUGAAAUUGCCCAGGUUAUUGCCUCCUACACUGCUACCGGUCCCGAGCAGCUUACCCUGGCUCCUGGUCCGCUGAUUUUGAUCCGAAAAAAGAACCCAGGUGGAUGGUGGGAAGGAGAGCUGCAAGCACGUGGGGAAAAGCGCCAGAUAGGCUGGUUCCCUGCUAACUAUGUCAAACUUUUAAGCCCUGGGACGAGCAAAAUCACUCCAACAGAGCCACCGAAGCCCGCAGCAUUCCCAGCAGUGUGCCAGGUGAUCGGGAUGUACGAUUACACCGCGCAGAAUGACGACGAGCUGGCCUUCAACAAGGGCCAGAUCAUCAACGUCCUCAACAAGGAGGACCCCGACUGGUGGAAAGGAGAAGUCCACGGGCAAGUGGGGCUCUUCCCGUCCAAUUACGUGAAGCUGACCACAGACAUGGACCCCAGCCAGCAAUGAAUCAUAUGUUGUCCAUCCCCCCCUCAGGCUUGAAAGUCCUCAAAGAGACCCACUAUCCCAUAUCACUGCCCAGAGGGAUGAUGGGAGAUGCAGCCUUGAUCAUGUGACUUCCAGCAUGAUCACCUACUGCCUUCUGAGUAGAAGAACUCACUGCAGAGCAGUUUACCUCAUUUUACCUUAGUUGCAUGUGAUGGCAAUGUUGAGUUAUUACUUGCAGAGAUAGAAGCAAAAAAAUUACAAAAAUACACAGGGUAGUGGGUCCUUUUGUGGCUUUCCUAGUGACUCAAAUUGACUUCCCCCCACCUUUGCACAGG